GGGACAACUCCCACCAAGUCGCACACACCGCCACAACUGGGGAAAUAACUCUUCAUACUUCGAUCUCACUUCUCUUUUUGAGUCUCAUGGUAAUCUGUGGGUCUUCCUCGAAAACAGGCUUUGGUCGUCGACCUAUACAAAGAAAGGUUGUAGUAUGUGGGGAUGGUGCUUCUGGCAAAACUUCAUUAUUGAAUGUCUUCACGAGAGGCUUCUUCACUCAAGUCUAUGAGCCGACCGUCUUCGAGAACUACGUGCAUGAUAUAUAUGUGGAGGACCAGUUAGUGGAGCUCAGCUUAUGGGAUACUGCCGGACAGGAGGAGUUUGACCGACUACGAUCACUAAGCUAUGCAGAAACGCAUGUUGUCAUGAUUUGUUUCUCUGUUGACAACCCAACGUCACUGGAGAACGUUGAGUCGAAGUGGAUCGAUGAAAUAGUAGAAUACUGUCCAGGUGUGAAGCUUGUCCUAGUCGCCCUUAAAUGUGACCUUCGGGACGAUCGAACUGUUCGUGAUCGACUCGCUCGAUAUGGGGCUCAUACCGUGCAGUAUGAGGAGGGUCUUGCAGUUGCCCGUCGAAUACGAGCAUCACGGUAUCUUGAAUGUAGUUCGAAGCACAAUAGAGGUGUUUCGGAGGUCUUCUAUGAGGCUGCACGCGUGUCAUUGAGCACGCGGGCAAAGGGGUCCGGGCCUGGGUGCGUGAUAAUGUGAUAACGAUAUCACAUCAGAUACAUAUGUUCAUAGUUUAUCUCGGACUUUCAGAGCUGUGCUCACAUUCAUGCUGUAUUUUUUACAUUACUACUCCACUAAUAACACGACACUCAUUAUUUACCGAACAAUGC